AUGUCGACCCCCCAGUUUUCCGGAAGAGCCUGCAAAACAUGCCGCCGCCGAGGACGGCGCUGCGACCGACGUCUCCCUGCAUGUGGCACCUGCGAGUCCAGUGCUCUGGCUUGCGAGGGCUAUUUGCUGCGGUGGUCAGGGCUAGCAAGCAGGGGGGGACUUGCUGGCAAAACCGUCCCGGUCAGUUUGGGCUCAGGUCAGAAGCGACAAAAGCGACCGCGGCGUGCUCAACGGGCCUCAUCACAGGCACCUCCACCGGUGCAUUCUAUCGACUCGUCGAUCGCUGAACCGACCGCUGAACCGAGAAGGGAUGACUAUGAUUCCCAACCGAGCGAUGAGGUGACCCGCAACGACGACUCGACUGCGCCGCCGCCGGUCGAACCAUUGCUGUGGGAUAUAAAUGCAGACUCGCAAAUUGACCCAUUAUUAUGUACCACUGCGCCUGGACUGUCUGAUAAUGCGUUCCUGGACAGUGGACGAGUAGAGACCCCUCCCGAUUUCAAUCUGCUCUGUGAUGCACCUGUUGAAUCAGAACUGUCAUUAUAUUCGAAACCGACCUUGUUCUUUGGACUCGAUCCAUUUCGGAUCCCGGAGGAGUUGAAUUUCAUCUUGGAGUACCACCUCUGCGAAGUUGUUCCUAAAUUGUGCGUGGAUAACUACGCCCCCGCAAAUCCAUAUCGUGACUACAUCUUCCCCCUUGCCACUGAGGUACCGUCUCUACUGUAUGCCUGUGCAGCUCUGGCAGCGUGCCAUUUCAACACCCGACUAGGGACAACCCAGUUCCUGCCCGAGUUCUUGAGAUUCAAAGGCAAGGCAAUGAAGCGUCUCCAAGAGGAUUUGUAUUCCGAAUCGCGCGCCAAACACCCUGCAACAAUAGCGACGAUCCUGAUGCUCUGCCUCUGCGACAUCUGCCAAGGGGGGCUUUCAAACUUCGAAUCUCACUUUUGGGGAGCAAAGAGGUUGAUUGAACUGCGUGAUUCUGAACGCACCCUUGGCUGCUUUGUGGAACAGUACCUGGUCUGGCUAGAUAUAAUGGCAGCUGCUUCGCAUUCACGACAGCCCGUGUUCUCUUCCCAAGAUACAGAAGGGUUUCUGAAUGGGAGUGGUCGGAGUUGGAGCUUUGAUGUUUUCCCAUGCACCUCGGAGCAGUUCCAGCUGGUGUGCGAGGCCGUCCGUCUCUAUAAGGGAGACUGCAUUGCAGAGUUGCCGUCGCCAGAGAUUCUACAUCAAGUGGAAGAAAUAAAGCAGAGAUUAUUACAAGGCCCGAGUGAAUCCAACCGGGGAAAACAUUGGUUUCACUUGACGGAGGCUUACAGGUAUGCCAUCCUACUAUAUAUAACCCGGCUGUUCCAAUGUGACAUCGACGACUACGAGAUCGAUUGGCUGGUUUCAAGCGUCUUCUACCACGCCAGAUCUACGCCUCCAGCUUCGGGAUGGUCUGACCAGUUACUCUGGCCGCUUUUCCAUGCUGGCCUUGAAGUCCGGGACUCAAAACGGCACGCGUGGCUGAGAGAGCGAGCUCAAUGUGUGCAGACAUCCGGCGGGUUUGGCAACGUGCAAAGCGCGCUGAACAUCCUAGAGGGCGUAUGGGCUGGUGAACGGCCAACGAGAUACUUAGACUUGAUGUUGGGAUUUGGAAAUGUCAAUUUGCUUCUGAUUUAA